AUGUUGCGUUAUAUUGCUCUUCUCGUGCUUCUCCUCACAGGCACAACUGACGCUGCCAGGAGCAACAGUGGAAAGGAGUUCAUCGUUGGCUUCAUGGAUAAUGACGUGUCUUAUCAGGUUGGCCUUGAGAUCUUCGUGACCACCAUGUCCAACACCAAUGCUGACGUCACAGUCACAACCCCCUUAUGGAACUCAGGCUGGAGCGCCACAGCGAACGUGGCCAGAAUGGAAGUGGAGCUGCUAUUGGUGCCGCAUGAGCUCAGAACUGAGGGCACCGGCCCGGAGAACAAAGGUGUAAGAAUCCUGUCUACUCAAGACAUCACCGUGUACUGUGUGAACAAAGAACAGUACACAACAGACGCAUACGUGGCUCUUCCCGUGAACGUGGUCGGCCAGGAGUACUACGCCAUGUGCUACAUCUCCAACGCCCAGAUUCUCCUUAUUGGUGUGAGCGACUCCACAAGUGUCACCGUCAAGCUCUCAGACAACAGUAGAACUGGCAGCGCAAAAUCUGUGUCAGCGGUGUCCAUCAGCUACGGCGGUAGUACCUAUCGCAACGGCCAGAGCUUCAGUUUCACUGUCAAUAGAUACCAGACGUGGUUUGUGACCCAGUGGGUAGACACCAGUUCUGAUCUCACCGGUUCUUACAUCACCUCCAACAAACCCGUGUCCUGCAUCAGUGGAAAUUACCGGUCGUGGAUUCCCAAGGGUACCAGCUCUUCCGAUCAUCUUACUGAGAUGCUUCCGUCUGUGGACACCUGGGGCAAGGAGUUCGUGACGGUCAGUACACCAGAUCGCUCAAUCGGAGACUUGUUCCGGGUUGUGUGUGCGGAGGACAACACAGCGGUCAACUUUGGAAACGGCCGGCAUACGUUCACCCUGUCCAGGGCCGGGGACUUCAGAGAGUUGGACAUCAGCACUGGAGAUUAUAUGACAGUUAUUGCCGACAAACCCAUCAUGGUUGGAAUGUUCGCCAAGACUUGGCAGAACGACGGUCCAAACUACGGAGAUCCCGCCAUGUCGCUGCUCAUUCCCACACCCCAGUUCGCCUCCGAGUAUUCCUGGAGCACAACUAAUUUACCGAGCGGCGCCCCGUUCAACGAUAAAAUCUCAAUUGUUAUCGACAAAUCUAAGAAGAGUGGCCUAAUUCUGGACGGUUCCUCCGUCAAUAAGUGGCAGCAGACGUGGCUGUACGUGAACCCAGGCAGUCACAACCUGUACCACUCUGACCCCACGGUGACCUUUAUGGCUCUGGCUACGGGCACAGAGCGCUACAACAGCUACGCCUUCAUCGCCGGGACUAGGAUGGCUCAGAUCAACACUGUGUGUGUCCCCACAUCUCCCACGCCGGGUGACACAGUGGACAACGACUGUGAUGGCUUGGUAGACGAAGAGGCGCUCAACAACGUGGAUGAUGACGGAGACGGAGCUGUUGAUGAAGAUCUUGCUCUGCCACCCAGAGGUGACCAUUAUAGCAGGUUCCAAUAUUAUAUCAUGUAUUUACGUCUUCCAGUUGACGGCAACUGGGGUCAGUGGACGAGCUACGGCGCAUGCUCAGUGACUUGUGGUGGGGUGGGAACAAAGACAAGGACCAGGGCCUGUGAUGACCCCGCCCCCCAGAACAACGGAGAGGAUUGUCAGGGCUCUGGCACUGAGUCACAGUCUUGUGAUAACAGGGGAACUCCCUGCCCAGUUGACGGAGCGUGGACCAACUGGGCCGGCUGGACAACCUGCUCGGUCACGUGCGGCGUGGGUGAGCAGUACAACGCCCGAUCCUGCACGAACCCAGCGCCCCAGUACCUGGGCGCCGACUGCACCGGAAUAACUGAUGACCUCAGAUCUUGUGAUACAGGAGUGUCCUGUGCUGUUCACGGCGCCUGGGGUACCUGGGGUGCGUGGAGCGCCUGCUCGUUGUCGUGUGGAGGAAUCGGUAUCAUUGAGAGGACCAGAGUCUGUGACAGACCUGCCCCACUACACGGUGGCCGCUAUUGUCCUGGCAGUGACCUUGACACAGACUCGUGUGACAUGACUUUCCUCAUGUGCCCGAGUAAGUAG